AUGCUCUCUUUCUGCGCUCCUCACUCCAGGGGCGCGGCGCGAUGGCGGCUCCGGCCACCGAAACCUCUGCCCGCGGUUCGCGCUUCACUACUCCGCCACGAAAUCCCGUCCACUCGGCCUCGACAUCGGCGGUACUCACUUUCCGUUCGCGCGUCCCCCCGGUUCAAUGAUAUCGGCGUGCAGCAGCUUAGCGACCAUGUCCACCCCCAAAUCUUUCCGACCAAGGCCCGGACCCCCGACCCAGAGCUUGUAGCUCUGUCAAAAGAUCAUCUCGCACGGCAUGACCUCCUUGGCAAAUCUCAGACCGGCGCGGAGCCCGUUGCAUUCAACCUCCCCGCUCUGCAGGGACAAAGUUUAGACGAACAUUUCUUUAAACUCGGCAUGGAUGCAUCGGAGCCCUACUUGACCUACGCCAAAUCGUAUGCGACUGUGAACUGCACGAGCAAACCGCGCAAAUGGGUCAAGCGCAGUGGAUGGACAAAAUAUCAUGCGGAUGGCUCUUCCGAGCCUGUCGAUGCGCCGAACGAGUCUAUGCUCACUUUCGACACGGAGGUCAUGUAUAAGGAACACUCUUAUGCGGUCAUGGCUUGCGCAGUCAGUCCAACUGCGUGGUAUGCAUGGAUCUCACCCUGGCUGUUGGGAGAGUCGACGGAGCCAGUUCACCUGAUACCCUUGGGGGACCCCACGCAAUCUCGGAUCGUCGUUGGUCACAAUAUUGGGUACGACCGAGCACGAGUUCUGGAGGAGUACGAUAUGCAGCAGACUCGGAAUUUCUUCCUCGAUACAAUGUCCCUCCAUGUGGCUGUCAAUGGGAUGUGCUCACAGCAACGACCGACGUGGAUGCGCCAUAAAAAGAAUAAGGAUUUGAGAGACAAGAUCGCAAGCGAACACAACUCAGUGGAGUUGGCCGCGCUUCUGGAGAACAACAUGUUGAGAGAAGAAGAGGAGGAAUUGUGGGUGGGUCGGAGCUCAGUAAACUCCUUGCGAGACGUCGCCAAGUUUCAUUGCGAUGUCACCAUCGACAAGUCUCAAAGAGACUACUUUGGUGAGCUUGACAGACCAGCCAUUCUGGAACGAUUGGAAGAGCUUCUCGACUAUUGUGCUGCCGAUGUUGCCAUCACCCACCGCGUGUACCGCAAGGUCUUUCCAAAUUUUCUCGAAACCUGCCCACAUCCCGUCAGCUUCGGUGCUCUACGGCACCUCUCUUCGGUUAUCCUUCCUGUCGAUCAAUCCUGGCAGGAGUACUUGACCAAGGCAGAACAAACCUACCAUCAGCGACUCGAUGUCGUUCAACGGAAAUUAGUCGAGCUAUGCGAGGAGGCCUUGAAGGUCAAAAAUCAACCGGAUGUUUAUACCAAUGACCCCUGGCUACGGCAGCUGGACUGGACUGGUCAGGAGAUCAAAAUGGCCAAAGGAAAGAAAAAGGGAGAUCCGCCUCGUCCGGCCGCACGACAGAAGAAACCAGGAAUGCCCAAGUGGUACAAAGAUUUGUUCGCGACAAACGCCGCAGAUAUCAACCUUACGGUACGAACUCGCAUUGCGCCCAUUUUGCUCAAACUGUCGUGGGACGGGUUCCCCCUCGUCUGGUCCGAUAAGUACGGCUGGACCUUUCGAGUUCCCCGUGAUCAGACGAAGAUUUUCGAAAAUCAACCCGUCAUAACAUGCGACAUGGGCGAAGAAAAGAACCAGCUGCUUCGAGAAGACAGGAAAAACAUAUAUUUCAAAAUCCCGCACAAGGAUGGCCCUCAAGCCCGAUGCACGAAUCCCCUCGGUAAAGGUUACAUGCAAUAUUUUGAGCGUGGAACCUUGUCUUCCGAGUUUGAACUUGCCAAGGAGGCUCUAGAUAUGAAUGCCUCUUGCUCCUAUUGGAUCAGUGCACGAGACCGGAUCAGGAAUCAAAUGGUGGUCUAUGAGGACCAGUUACAGAACAAGGGACUGCAAAAGAGCGCCGGCGACAACCGACUGGGAUUCAUCUUGCCGCAAGUCAUCCCUAUGGGUACCAUCACACGACGGGCUGUGGAAAACACCUGGCUUACCGCAAGUAAUGCCAAGGAAAACCGGGUUGGAUCCGAGCUCAAGGCCAUGAUCAAGGCACCUCCAGGCUACGCGUUUGUCGGUGCCGAUGUUGACUCCCAGGAGCUGUGGAUUGCAAGUUUGGUCGGUGAUGCCUCGUUUCAAAUCCAUGGAGGAAAUGCAAUUGGCUUCAUGACUCUGGAAGGCUCUAAGGCGGAAGGCACGGAUCUGCACUCGCGAAGUGCUCAGAUUCUGGGCAUUUCGCGCAACGACGCAAAGGUGUUCAACUAUGGCCGGAUUUAUGGAGCUGGCCUCAAGUUUGCUGCUACCCUUCUCCGCCAGUUCAAUCCGUCGCUCUCAGAGAAGCAGACGCAAGAAACUGCGGCGAAUCUUUACAAAGAGACCAAGGGAACGCGCACUUCACGUCGCCUUUUGAAUGACAGUCCCUUCUGGAGGGGCGGCACCGAGUCCUUUGUAUUCAACAGGCUUGAGGAGUUUGCGGAUCAAGAACGACCGAGAACGCCUGCAUUGGGCGCCGGCAUCACCGAAGCACUCAUGCGACGCUUCAUCAACAAGGGGAGUUUCAUGACGUCUCGCAUCAACUGGGCCAUUCAAUCGUCGGGCGUCGAUUAUCUCCAUCUCCUCAUCGUUGCAAUGGAUUAUCUUAUCCGGCGAUUCAACAUCCAAGCCCGCCUCUCCAUCACCGUUCACGAUGAGAUUCGGUAUCUUGCCAAGGACGAAGACAAAUACCGCGCGGCUUUGGCGCUGCAGAUUGCCAAUGUCUGGACCCGCGCCAUCUUCUCGGAACAAGUGGGCAUCGACGAUCUUCCCCAGUCGUGCGCCUACUUCUCGGCCGUUGAUAUUGAUCAUGUGUUGCGAAAGGAAGUCAACAUGGACUGCGUGACUCCCUCGCAUCCUCACAAGAUCCCGCAUGGUGAGACCUUGGAUAUUUCCCAGCUUCUGGAUAAGGGCUCCGAGGCUUUCUUGGAUCCUUCCCUCCAGCCCGAAUCUCCACCAUGCCCCGAGCAGUACGCCUACACACCGCGAGAGUCGGUCAUGUCCGCUCUGCAGGCAUCUCAGGACAUCGCUUUCAUCAAAGCUCAAAUCACCAAGGACGACAAGGAACUUCGUGAGAUCAUCAAGGAGAAGUCUCGCACGGGCGCCACGUCCAACACUUCGAAAACUCGCUCGUCUACUGCCUCCAACAGUCGAGGCAAGUCGGCCGCGCGGGCCUAUGCGCAACCCCAGCGUGCAGUGCUCAUGGACAUGGAGUCCGGUCUGUACUCGGAUUUCCGCAAUAAUGUGCCUCGGCACACUGCUUCCUCAAGCAGCAAACAGGGUCAAAUGGGACUUCAUCGUUCUUCCGCUUGGAAGACGUGGCCAUCGGCUCGGGCAUAG